UAUAAAUCGAUUCUCACCUGCCGGGUUUGCCCGUCCCGUCCCACAACCCCAACACUCGACUUGUUGGCUCCGCCGCGGAACCAGCGCCCGGCCCGGUUCGGCUUCGCCAUGGCCGAGUUGCAGCCCCACGCGCGCUCGGUGUCGCGAGACACGCACCUCUCUCAGCCGUUGGCACCGGUGGUUCUCCCUGAAAAGCGGCUGGCCACCUGCAAGGAGAAUGGCUUGGAAGUAGCACUACUAGAUCUGGCCGCCCAACAUGUCACUGAGAGCCAGCAGUUGCACAAGAAGUUGGAGGCCGCCAUCCGUGAGCUGGAGGCACCUGUCUGGAAGAAGAAGAUUGACUCAAAACCCCUGUGCAUGGGAGGAUCUCCCUCUUCAAAGGUGCAGCACUUCCCGGUGUCGGUUGCAGUCAUUCCUGAUGGAGAUGCUAGCAGCUCUGAACGCGAGGAGACGAAGGAGGUUGACAUCUCACCGGCACCCAGUCAGAAAGGCCGUACCAGGAGCACAGGCUAUGCCGUUUCACGGCUGCUGCAGGGCUCCCCAGCCCCGGCGCGGCCGACGGUGCCCAUGGCCACCGGGCGGUCUGCGGACGCCGUGCCGACGUCCGCGGCGCCCGCGCUGCGGGCGGGGUCCGCGGCGCCCGUCAUGCGGAUCAGCAACGAGUCGAAGGCCUCGGAGAAGCGCCGGAGGAACUCGAGAGCGCCGGAGACGCUGAGGUUGAAGAAGCAGCUCAACCAGGCCAACCAGAAAGUCAUCAGCGCGGAUUACUACGGUGACCUGGAUCCAGAGGACGAUGGAGAGCGGACAUGGUAUCAGAAUUGGAGCUUGUUGGCCCUAGUGAGCCAUCCGGUCUUCGAUGCCUGGACGGCCUUGGUGAUCCUGGUGAACGCCGCCACCAUCGGUGCCGAGACGCAGUACGGAGCCAUGGCCGAGGAAUUGCCUUCCAGCUUGGAGGCAGUGAGCCAAGUCUGCUCCUUCUACUUUCUGCUGGAACUUAUACUUCGAAUUGGGGCACAUAAGGCCAGCUGGUGUGCUGAUCCAGAUAUGCGGCUCUGGAAUUUAUUCGACCUCCUACUUGUGUCCAUGUCCUUGAUCGACUUCAUGAUCUUUCGUGUGCUCCAGAAUGGCGCUGGCUUCACCGAGGUCAAGCUGCUCAAAACGCUGCGCAUCAUGCGAGUCUUCCGGGUCUUCCGCUUCUUUCGGCAGCUCACCCAGCUGGCGCUGAUGAUCACCGAUUCGAUUCGAUCCUUGAUUUGGGCCCUGGUGCUGCUGGCCAUCAUCAUUUAUGCUUUCGCGAUCUUCUUGACAGCCAAUGUCUCUUCUUGGCUUCACCUCCACCUGGGUUCUCCUGGGAGCGAGUGGCCGACCCUGGCAGCGGAGCACUCGGAUGCGGACAUCCGGAUCCUGGAGUUCGCCUACGGCUCCUUGCCCCAGACCGUGUACACCUUGGUCCAAGCGGUUCUGGGUGGCCGGAGCUGGCACGAAGUGUGCACACCUCUCUUCAAGGUUGGAUGGCUGCCUGUGAUGCUGCUCUUCAUUUACGUGUCCUUUGUUAUCUUAGCGGUGUUGAAUGUCGUUACGGGGGUGUUCGUGGACAACGCCUUCCGCUGCGCGGAAAAGCAACGAAGCCUCGCGAUUCAAAAGGAAAUGGACAAGAAGGAGCAGUUUGUGCAGGAGAUCACUGAUUUCUUUCGAGCGAUGGACCAGGACGGCUCUGGUGAUGUGACAGCUGAAGAACUCGGGGAGAUGUUAGAUGACCCUGCCUUGUCAGCAUACUUCCGGGUCUUGGGAUUCGACAUCGAUGACGCCCGGCGUUUCAUCCUGCUCUUGGAUACGGAUGCCAAUGGCAGCAUCAGUGUGAGCGAGUUCCUCCGCGGAUGCCUGCGAUAUCGUGGGGUGGCCACUGGAGUUGACAUGCACACCUGCCUGAGAGUCGUCAGACGUAUGGAGAAAACCAUUCAUGAGCUGGAGACUGGCUUGCUCAAGCGCCCUGCUCCGGCAAGCCACCGCCUUCCAGCCAAGAGUCUUUGACCAUCUGAGCGCCCUCCGUGUGUAGCUGCAGGGGCUGCAGAUUAAUGAACAUGGGCCUGUGAAGGUGCGCAUCCAUCCUCCAUCCUUAGCUGGCCG